AUGAUCGACAACAACACAGUCAUCACUCUCAACAAUGGAACUACCAUGCCCUUGCUAGGUCUCGGAACAUGGCUCACCAAGCCUGGAGAGGCAGAACAAGCCAUCAGAACUGCUUUGGAGAAUGGCUAUAGACACAUUGACGCAGCAGCCAUUUAUCGCAACGAAAAGGAGAUUGGUGAAACCUUGAAUGUGCUCAUCAAUCAAGAAAAGAAGUUCAAGAGAGAAGACAUUUACAUUACAUCCAAGUUGUGGAAUACUUUCCAUGCAAAAGAACAUGUCAGAAAGGCUUGCCUUCAAACUCUCAAGGAUUUGAAAUUGGACUAUCUCGAUAUGUAUUUAAUUCAUUGGCCAUUACCAUUUGCAUAUGUUGGAGAUGAUAUUCAAGUCGAUGGAAAUUGCUUCCCAAAGGAUGAAAAUGGAAAAAUUAAAACAGCUUCAGUUCCUUUGAGAGAGACAUGGGAAGAGAUGGAAAAACUUGUUCAAGAUGGAUUGGUUAAGUCCAUUGGUGUUUCUAACUUUGAUCUUGGACUUAUUUACGAGCUCUUGACCUAUGCAAAGAUAAAACCAGCAUGCAAUCAAGUGGAGUGUCAUCCUUUCCUUGCACAAAACAAUUUAAUCAAGGGUCAAAAGGAUAUUGCUUUGGUUGCCUAUAGUCCUUUAGGACACAUGUAUGAAGGUUCUCCUGCUCAUCACAGCAAGAUUAAGGAAAUUGCUGAGAAACAUCACAAGACUCCUGCACAAAUCUUACUUCGUUGGAAUAUUCAAAGAGGAUGUGUCGUCAUUCCAAAAUCAACCAACGACCAAAGAAUCAUUGAGAAUGGCAAAGUCUUUGAUUUUGAACUUGAUUCUGAAGAGAUGGAGGCAAUUAAUGCUUUGCAAAAAGAAAAGACAGUGAGAACCUGUGAUCCUGUCACAUUUUGGGAUCUUCCUCUUUGGUAA